UCGCUAAAGCUAAUGUAAAUGAAGUCGGACAUGAUGAAGCAAUAAGUACGCAGUCCCUUAUCCUAAAAAAAAAAAAAAAAAAAAAUAGGCAGUCCCAAGAAAAUUGCAAUACCAAGAUAAAAACUAUCGCCUAUCGGUAGAUAAAAAAAAACAUACAGUGUACCUAGACACCUUUGCUUUGUCGAACUUGACAAAUUUAUUUGGCAGAUUUGUAAUAAUCCAUUGCUUCUCGCCCAUGCCUACGAGGACGACUUGCCUUGCGUGCCAUCACACAACUGGUGAACACUCUGAAAAUAAAAAAAGGCGUUAUCUUUUGGAGUAGUUUGGCCGUUUGGGAUCUGGGCGCUGCUUAAAUUCAGCAGCAAGACUGCAAGAGCAAGAUAAGAGAGAGAGAGAGAGAUGGCUACAGAUAUGGCUGUGUUGCAGCAUGCAAAGGUGGAAAAUGGGUGCUGUAAGAAGGGACCAGGCUACGCUACUCCGCUUGAAGCCAUGUCUGGCCCCAAGGAAACUCUAAUCUAUGUCACUUGUAUAUAUACUGGAACUGGAAAGGAGAAGCCGGAUUACCUUGCUACUGUGGAUAUUGAUCCGAAUUCGCCAACGUAUUCUAAAGUCAUCCACAGGCUGCCCAUGCCUUGCCUCGGAGACGAACUGCACCACUCUGGAUGGAAUGCUUGCAGCUCUUGCCAUGGAGAUUCAUCAGCUGCACGUCGCUAUCUUGUCCUGCCUUCACUAGUGUCUGGGCGCAUAUAUGCUGUUGAUACUCAAAAGGAUCCGAGGGCUCCAUCUUUACAUAAAGUCGUUGAUCCCAAGGAUAUAAUAGAGAAAACGGGGUUGGCAUAUCCGCACACAGCUCACUGCCUCGCGUCUGGUGAUAUCAUGGUGUCGUGCCUUGGAGAUAAAGAUGGAAAUGCUGAAGGAAAUGGAUUUCUACUCCUGGACUCGGAUUUUAAUGUCAAAGGAAGGUGGGAGAAACCAGGGCACAGCCCCCUUUACGGCUAUGAUUUCUGGUACCAGCCUCGACACAAGACCAUGAUCAGCACCUCAUGGGGAGCUCCUGCUGCUUUUACCAAAGGUUUCAACCUUGAGCACGUUUCUGAUGGUUUAUAUGGGAGACAUUUGCACGUCUACAGCUGGCCCGGGGGAGAGCUGAAACAGACAUUGGAUCUUGGAAAUACUGGCCUCCUACCUUUGGAGAUACGUUUCUUGCAUGAUCCAGCCAAGGAUACCGGCUUCGUGGGGUGUGCUUUGACGAGCAAUAUGGUAAGGUUUUUCAAGAAGCCGGAUGAGACUUGGGGUCACGAGGUAGCUAUAUCAGUGAAGCCACUCAAGGUGCAGAAUUGGAUUCUACCGGAGAUGCCUGGUCUUAUAACUGAUUUCCUCAUAUCUCUUGAUGACCGUUUCCUCUACCUCGCCAACUGGCUUCAUGGAGACAUCAGACAAUAUAACAUCCAAGAUCCUGCAAAUCCGCAAUUGGUAGGCCAGGUAUGGGUUGGAGGUUCCGUCCAGAAAGGAAGUCCUGUGGUGGUGGAGGCUGAAGAUGGCACGACAUAUCAGACCGACGUACCAGAAGUUCAGGGGCAUCAACUAAGAGGAGGGCCGCAGAUGAUACAGCUGAGCUUGGACGGGAAGCGGCUGUACGUUACAAACUCGUUGUUCAGCACUUGGGACCGUCAGUUUUACCCGGAGCUUGUGGAGAAAGGCGGCCACAUGCUCCAGAUUGAUGUGGACACGGAGGGAGGAGGUCUCAAGAUCAACCCUAGGUUCUUCGUGGACUUUGGAGCUGAGCCGGAUGGCCCCUCCCUCGCGCAUGAAAUGAGGUAUCCCGGUGGAGAUUGCACUUCCGACAUCUGGAUUUGAGCUUUGCAAAUACUCUUUUUCUUUUCUGGACAUGCUUAAUACUGGUUGCACCACCCAAAUGUGAUGUGAUUGUAUCUAGAAAAAUAAGUGCAGCCAUAUUUGUGUUUUCAUCAAACUUCAUUUAAUUAUAGCGUUUUUGCUGGUUAUCAUCC